AUGGCUGAAGAAAUAAAAGAUUUCUUUGGUUUCGCAAAGUCUAUAAAAAGACCAAUUCUAGACAAACAAAUGCCACGCGAGGAGAAGAAAGUAGAUUAUAUCGAAUGUUUGGACGAAAAGGCGAUUAAAGUGAUCGGGAAAGAAGAGAAGAAAGAAGAGCCUCUUAUUAUUCCACUAUUAGAUUCUAAAACUUGGCACGAUAGAAUUGUCAAUAAAAUAGAUGCAGAUAUUUAUAAAUCAAAUAUAAGUAAAAAGGAUACACAAAAUAUCAGUGUUAAGGAAGAAUCAAAGAAAGUCUCUAAUGGUGAUUUAACAUUGAUUAAUAAGGCUGUCUCUAAUGUACAAAUAAAAACAGAAUUGCCUAAUGAAGGUAAGAGUCUUACAUUGGACGAGCAAGCAGUUAAAGAGAUUAUAGAAGAUCUCAAAUCAACUGAAAAAAAUGAGAAUGAACUGUGUGAUAUAACGUUAUCCUUAAUUAAAGGACAGAAUUUAAAGGGUGCAGAAGAAAGUACAUUAGAAGAUUAUGAGAAAGUACCGCUAAGCAUCUUUGGUUCAGCUAUGUUACGAGGUAUGGGAUGGAAACCUGGAGAAGGUAUUGGUAAAAAUCCAAAACUUGUAACACCCAUUGUACCUGAACUACGGCCAAUAGGUAUGGGACUUGGCGCAGAUAAGAUAGCGUUGCAAAAACAGGAUGGAAAAACUCAAAAAGAAGAAGAAGAAUUACAAAUACAAAAAGGGUGUUUUAUAAAAAUUAUUGCUGGCAAACGAUCCAAAGCAUACGGUCAAAUAGAAGGUUUUGAUGACGCGGGAAGAUUGAUUGUAAAAAUGGCAUUAAAUGGAAAUACUAUUUCUGUAAAUGAAUCCAUAAUUCAAGCAGUAACGAAGGCGGAAUAUUCAAAAAAUUCUAAAGUUUUAAAUGCUGCUAAAUUCGAAGAACAUAGAAAGAAGAAAGACAUGAGUAAACAGAGAUCUGUAUCAGUGGAAUAUUGUAGCAACAACGAUGACAAUGGUUCAAAUACAUCUGGUAUGAAAAGAAGACUCAGAGAGGAUGGACACAAAUCGAAAAAAUCAAGUAAAAUAAAAACUCAACGACGAAAUUCAUCUAACAGUGAGAAUGAGUAUGAUAGCGACAAAAAAAGAAAUAGAAGUCGAAGGCGUUCCAAUAGUAGUAGUAGUGAUAGAGCUAAAAAGACAAAAAAGUCUAAAAAACAUAAAGGAAGAGAUAAGGAACGAGAACGAAAAAAGGAUAAAAUAUCAAGAUUUUCUGAUUCUUAUGAUAGAAAGAAAUCGAAGAAGCAUAGGAGAUCUCGAUCAUCCAGUAAACAAUAACAUGUUUACAUUGUAAUAUAUAACAUGAAUAUUUUAUGUUCUAUAUUGAUUUAUAUAAAUUUUAUUUGUGUAAAUAUCUUUUUUUAAUAAAACUUAUUUCUUAUAUUUUUUAGGUUCUCUGUAAAUUUCCAUCCAUACCUUAUUUGAUUAUAUACUUUGGUUAAUAUUGACAAUAAACUUAAAUUAAUCUGAA